AUGGCAACCACAAAAAUAGCGCACCACCGUGAAAUGGCGGAGAUAUACGAAGGCGAAGCGGUGUGCAUGCAAAAGUCACGGCUCCUUCUGGACGAGAUUCUCCUCCCGAGAGGGUUGCUUCCCUUGGACAACAUCGUGGAGAUGGGCUACAACCGCACCUCCGGCUUCGUCUGGCUCAAGCAGAAGCACAAGAAGGAGCAUCGCUUCCACACCAUAGGACGCACCGUUUCCUACGACACCGAGGUCACCGCCUUCGUCGAGGAAUACCGCAUGCGGAGGGUGACCGGGGUCAAGACCAAAGAGCUAUUCCUAUGGGUCACAAUCUCUGAAAUCUUCGUCGACGACCCUGCUUCCUCUAAGAUUUCCUUCGCCAACUCCACCGGCAUUGCAAGGUCCUUUCCUCUCUCUGCUUUCUGUAUCCAAGACGAACAACAACAGCACAACAACACCACCACAGUGCACAAACGGCUUCACCGUCACAGGCCAAACACAGUUGUUGAUAUACGAAAUGACCUGCCCAACAAAACCAAGGUGCACUUGGCUGCGCGAAAAGAUUCGAAUGCUAGACAAGCACAACGCGAUGACUUUCGGUCCACAACUGCUAUACAAAACCAAAUUAAAGAAAAACAGCAAAAGCAAUAUGAACAGAAGGAAGAGAUUUGUUCUGAGGUAACAGAAAAUAAAAGACCAGAACCAUAUUUUGAUGCAGGGAAAGAAUCCCAAUACACAUGA